UCCAAUCUGCAGGGCCCGUAGACAUCUGCAUCUGAUUCUAAAUAAAGAAUCUCUUGGGCUUUAAGCAAAGUUGGGUCCGUGAGAAAUAAAGGCAACUGCUGAGAAGUUUGGCGGCCGAGCCACGAGAUUGCAGCGUGGAAAGGACCGUCGGCCUUCCGGGGGGCCCCCCUGCACAGAGCUAAAUAACCUUCUGCCCGGGACAAGUUGGGUCCGUGCAGGUAACAGAAGCAGAUUAGACAGACAGACAGACAGACAGAUAGAGCUACUGACUUCUUGCAUUGAUGAAUUGUUUCUCCAUCACCGAUCCAAGUGACAUUUUUUACCAAGCAGUUAAAGGUUUCGACUAGAUCCCCGCGGAUGAAACAAAAACAAUUAGGCCAAGAUGUUCCUCAGUAAGUGUGAGGGGGAACUGAGCGAGUUGCGGAAGAGCGUGGACAGUGAAGGCACCACCCCAGAGACACAGGAUGAGGAGCAACCCAAGAAGAAGCAUCGCCGAAAUCGGACCACGUUCACCACCUACCAGCUGCAUGAACUGGAGAGGGCCUUUGAGAAAUCACACUACCCAGACGUCUACAGUCGGGAAGAGCUGGCCAUGAAAGUCAACUUGCCAGAGGUCAGAGUUCAGGUCUGGUUCCAAAACCGGAGGGCCAAGUGGCGGCGGCAGGAGAAAAUGGAGGCCAACUCAAUGAAGCUCCAUGACACCCCCAUGCUGUCCUUCAACAGGCCUCCCAUGGCUGCUAAUGUUGGACCCAUUGGCAACUCACUGCCACUAGACCCGUGGCUGACAUCACCCAUCUCCAGCACCACCACAGUGCACAGCAUCCCGGGAUUUAUGGGCCCCACCCAAGGCCUGCAGCCCACUUAUGCUGGGCACACUUUCCUCAACAGCCCGCCCGCCAUGUCCCAGAGCAUGCAACCGAUGGCGCCCGCACCAUACCAGUGCACUGCACCUUUCGUAGACAAGUACUCCUUGGAGGAUGUUGACCAGAGAAGUUCCAGCAUCGCUUCCUUGCGCAUGAAAGCCAAGGAACACAUUCAGACCAUUGACAAAACAUGGCAGCCCAUCUGACGGGGGGUUGAGAUGUCCAUGCCAAACAGCGAAAUGGUGGCUUUCCACAGAAGGUAUCUUCGGAACACCGAGAAUAUACCUCUUUGCCUCUUCUCUUCACGGCCUGUGCAAAUGACUACUGCGUGAGGUAUCACAGGCUAGAAACUCAUCUUUAAAUUUACUUGAAGGCCCCACUAGGCGGGUUUACAUCAGUCAACGUGUGGCUUUCGGUCUUCUGUGGUCGGACGCCAUCUUGGCUGGGGACCUGCCUUCCUCAGUGUGACUGGAAAACAAACUAAGCAACUAUCCCACAAGGGGCAAUGAGGAAGUAGCGGAGGAGAACUUUUGCUCUGGGAAUGUCUCUUCCUAGUGGGUGUUGGUUGUGUCCUCCAGGAGAGCAACUUCAUCCCUGCUGCAGAGUCAUCUUCUGCCUCAGACUGAAGAAAAGUAGAGACAUUCAUCAUGGCUGUGAUGAAAAGGCAAAGGCCUGAGGCAAAAUAGGGCCACCACAGUCACCCUCGGCCGCAGUGUUUAAGUGGCUAGUCCUUGUGGAGGGCAGGUGGGUUGCCCAUGCUGUAGAAGGACAUCCGGUGUCACCAGAAAGGGGACCGUCCAGCUGCCGCUUCUACAAACUGGCACCAGCCCUGAGAAAUCCUUCCAAACCAAAAGGACAACCUACAGGGUUGAACGUUUUCACUGGCCAAAGGUUGUACCAAACAGACCUCAUCCUGAACUCCCGUGUAUAUUGCCACACCCCUUUGAACCUGUUUUGCGCUUCGCUUGUUUCCCCUUCCCUUGGGCUGACGUUCCUUUCAGAGUUUUCUCUUCCCUGAUCGUUCCCCAGUGUGAUUUUUAUACUGCAGAGUUUACCAAACAGAAUUGGUGAAGAAAAAAAAAGAAAGAAAAAAGAGA